CACACACACACACACCAGUUAAUUCCCACUUGAGAGGCGGGACCAAAGAGCCAAGGCUCAACCCCCGCAAGUACAACUACGUGUGUAUAUACAUUAUAUACACACACAUAUAUAUAUAUAAUAUAACCCACUACCAACAGUGAAGACAUAGAGUGAUACGAAAUUAUCGCAAGAGUGUGAAUUCUUGACUCCCCAAAAAGUGUAAUUUCGAGAAGUGAGUGAAAGCGGUGUAGAGGUGAGGCGAUGCCAGGCUGGACUUGUGCUUCAGAGGCGCUGACGUGAUGCCCAGAGGGCCAGCUGAUGCCAGGAUGAGCCCAACAUGUUCCGUCAGAUUUUAUGGAUGUAUCGCUGGGGCGGUUGGUGGCUUGAAGCAGCGUGUUAAGUGAAGAGGAACAUGUGAGAUGAGGAGUAAGCAGUGCACACGGCAGGCGGCCCCGACCAGCCUGCGUCAGCGACCCCUCAAACUACUGCACUAUUAAACCCUUUAACCUUCGCCUGUGGGCGUCUCUCGCCACAAUGCCUAGAGAAUUCCAGCACCCAUUUCACAAGCUGCCGUGGCUGCUAGAGGAGGGCUACGACUCCCUGGAAGACCUGGAAUUUAUCGACGGCGGAGUAUACGUCGAGGGAGAUAGUGAGAAUGUCCUGCCGCUGUGGGCCGGCCACACAGACACUCACAGCUCCCACAGACGACAUUACAGCACUAGUGAUCUGAGAGCUGAGAGUAAAGAGGUGAUAGCCCCUCUUAUUGACCCCAGACGAGCGGUAUUGCUACCAGGCUACGGCCAGGAGGAUCUACCAGUCUGGCAGCGACCCGACCCUCCGGAAUACGUUAAUGGCGCCUCUGGGGCACUCACCGCAGAUAAGGAUAGCAAGGAUAGCUUCGAUAUACCGAAAAUAGUGGAAACGCAGAGCCUGUCGGAGUCGGACGUGACGAGGGAUGAUGCCAAUGGCAUCACGAAGCCCUCAGGUGACAGUCGACACACUCUGGGCGCCGACUACGGCGGAUCUCACGCCCGUAUGUCCCUGGAUUCCCUGCGGCGGUCGUCGACGCUCACCAGGAUUAAUGAGUUCCUUCAGCGUGCGCGCUCCGAGGUCCUGGAGGGGGAGGAUGGUAGGACUCCUCGAGAGCGCUUCAGACAGCUACUUCGGAGCUCCCACGCCGACGAUACGCAGAGGGUCCGGGUCGAGUACUACGUCAAUGAGAACACCUUUAAGGAGAGACUACACCUGUACUUCGUGAAGAACCAGCGCUCAAGUCUACGGAUACGGAUCUUCAACCUUCUGAUCAAGCUGUUGACCUGCAUUCUCUACAUCGUCAGAGUCUUCAUUGAUGAUGACCCAAUUCGCGCUAACUGCUACGAGUGCUCAGAGAACACAGAAGCCGUUAGCUUCUUCCUGGACUAUGGGAACAAGACAGACGAGCAGUUCCAGGAGAAACCCAUCAUUAACUGGCAAGCGGUGCUGUGGGUCAACAGAACCUUACCUCUGUGGGCACUCCAGGUGGCUGUGGCCCUCGUCUCUCUCUCUGAAGCUCUUCUGCUGGCAUACCUCAGUUAUAAGGGAAAUAUAUGGCAGACUCUGAGAUCAUUCCAUUUUCUUCUAGAAUUAAUGAACACUAUACCUUUUAUAUUGACGAUAUGCUGGUCGCCGCUCAGGAACCUAUUCGUGCCUGUCUUCCUCAAUUGCUGGCUAGCCAAACAUGCUCUCGAAAAUAUGUUCAACGACCUACACCGCGCCAUGCAGCGGUCCCAGUCAGCCCUCAGUCAGCAGCUCAUGAUACUCUCAGCCACCUUUAUGUGUCUCGUAUUUACCAGCGUGUGUGGGAUCCAGCACUUCCAGCGGGCCGGCCACCGCCACCUGAACCUGUUCCAGGCGGUGUACUACGUUAUCGUCACCUUCUCCACCGUCGGCUACGGGGACUUCGUGCCGGACAUCUGGCCCUCCCAGCUCUUUAUGGUCAUCAUGAUCUGCGUCGCCCUCAUCGUUCUCCCCACACAGUUCGAGCAGCUGGCCUUCACGUGGAUGGAAAGGAAGAAGCUAGGAGGGACGUACUCUGCGCACCGUGCGCAGAGCGAGCGUCACGUGGUGGUCUGCUCCACCAACCUCCAAGCAGACACCAUCAUGGACUUUCUAAAUGAGUUCUACGCUCAUCCUCACUUACAGGACUACUUCGUGGUGCUCUUAUCGCCGAUGGAACUGGACCCGACUAUGAAGAUGAUUCUGCAGGUGCCGAUGUGGGCCCAGAGGGUGAUCUACAUCCAGGGCUCCUGUCUGAAGGAUGGCGACCUCACCCGUGCUAGGAUGAGCGAGGCUGAGGCCUGCUUCAUCCUGGCGGCCAGACACUACGCAGACAAGACGGCUGCCGAUGAACACACCAUCCUACGGUCGUGGGCGGUGAAGGACUUCGCGCCCAACGUGCCCCAGUACGUGCAGGUCUUCCGGCCGGAGAAUAAGCUGCACGUGAAGUUCGCAGAACACGUGGUGUGUGAGGACGAGUUUAAGUACGCCUUGCUAGCUAACAACUGCAUGAGUCCCGGCAUCUCUACUUUAGUGACGCUGCUGCUACACACGUCCCGAGGCCAGGAGGGCCAGGCAUCACAGGAGGACUGGCACAGGCUCUACGGCAAGUGCUCAGGGAACGAGAUCUAUCACAUCAAACUCUGCGACUCGCGCUUCUUCGGCGAGUACGAGGGCAAGAGCUUCACCUACGCCAGUUUCCACUCUCACAGGAAGUACGGUGUGGCGCUGGUCGGCGUACGGCCCGCGGAGCUGCCAGAAUUCUACGAAGACACCAUACUUCUCAACCCUGGCCCCAGACACAUCAUGAAGAAAACGGACAUGUGUUUCUACAUGAGCAUUACCAAAGAAGAGAACAGUGCCUUCGUCGUGGGGACCAACCCCAGCACCACCACCAGGGACACCGUCGGCGACUCCUCCUCCUCGGCCAAAGACCCUGAGAAGGGUAACUUGGGGAAGAGUGAGAGGGACGAGCCGACGCCAAAGCCAAGAUCAGGCCGACGAUGUGUCCUGGUCAAGCUUCGACGUAACGUCUCUGUCAACGAACUCCAGAAGAAGUUGGAGGAGGAGGUGGACCGCAGAAGGGAGAAAUGGGAGGAGGAGCAGGGAAGACACAUCUCGGGGGAGGAGGCUCUUAUGGCGUCAACCAGGAAGAACCUCGUCCAACAAGAAGGGGAGGGGUCGGUGGAGGUGCGGAAGGUGACCCAUCCGCGCCACAAGCUGGAGAGGGAAGACACCACCAAGUCCAACAGUCCCUCGCUCAGCGGCGGCAACUUCCUCGAUGUGCCGCGCUCAGACACCCUCAUCAGCGUCUCUGACAAGCGUCCAGAGACUCGACGGCCGUCUAUCCUACCGGUGCCGGACAUGUUCACGGGCUCCAGCCUCAACAUCUCUGGCCAGGAGCGAGGUAGUGAGGAGGCCUCAGGUGAGAGUGAUGACGAGGUCGAUGACGUCCCAUGGAGGUCGCCCUCGGAGAUGAUAGCGAUCGUGAAGGGGUUCCCACCCGUGUCCCCCUACAUUGGUGUGAGUCCCACCCUCUGCUACCUGCUGAAGGAGAAGAAACCCCUCUGCUGCCUCCAGCUGGCCCAGAAUAGUAUCCGUCCUGUGUGUGAACACUGCAGCUACCGGAGUGCUAAGGAGUACAACUGGCAGAACCGUGCUGUCAUCCUAGCUGCCGACUACGCCAGCAACGGCAUCUACAACUUCGUAAUUCCACUCAGAGCGCACUUCAGGAAAAAGACUUCACUGAACCCAAUCAUUCUCUUGUUGGAGCGGAGACCUGAUGUGGCCUUCCUCGAUUCUAUCUCCUUCUUCCCGCUCAUAUACUGGAUGCUCGGCUCCAUUGACUGCCUGGAUGACCUUUUGAGAGCGGGCAUCAACUUAGCGGAGAAUGUAGUGGUGGUCAACAAGGAGCUCAACAACUCGGCCGAGGAGGAUACGCUCUCUGACUGCAACACCAUCGUAGCCGUCCAAACUAUGUUCAAGUUCUUCCCCAACAUAAAGAUCAUCACGGAGCUGUCACAGUCAUCCAACAUGCGCUUCAUGCAGUUCCGCGCGCGGGACGCGUAUGCCCUUCACCUGUCUAAGAUGGAAAAGGGUAGCCAGCCUCAGGGCCCUGGGGGUCGCCCUGCAUCUCGUCGUUCACGCUCCCGCUCGUUCCGGCGGCGCCCUCAGCCGCAGCGACCCAUUUACUACUCCGAAGUCAUUAAUCAGCUGGAACGGCGGGAGAAGGAACGAGGCUCGCACAUCUCCUACAUGUUCCGUCUGCCCUUUGCUGCUGGGAGUGUCUUCUCCGCCAGCAUGCUCGACACACUCCUCUACCAGGCUUUCGUCAAGGACUAUCUUAUCACGUUCGUGAGGCUGCUGCUUGGAGUGGACCAGGCGCCUGGUUCCGGCUUCCUUACCUCGAUGAAGAUUGGGAAGCAGGACCUGUGGAUCAGGACGUACGGGCGUCUCUACCAGAAGCUGUGCUCCACCACCUGUGAGAUCCCCAUUGGCAUCUACCGCACUAUCGACACCAGCAACAUGGAGCCCGGCAACAACUUAUGUUCCGUGUUUCCUGCAUUAUGGAAAUCGGCUGAAGCCUUUUCAAAUUUUCCAUUUUCGAGUCUCAACCCGGAGUUCUCGCUCAACAUCUCUGAUGACCCCAAGGAAGGCCACAGUAAUCUUAUCGAGAGAGCAGAGAUCGCCCAGCUCGUCCGCUCUCGUAUGCAGAGUCUAGCUCUGCCCCCCGAGGACUAUGACGACGUGUCCGAGAAGCGCAACUCUCUCUCCUUCGUCAUCAUCAACCCAUCGUGUGACCUCAAGCUCGAGGAAGGCGACAUUGUAUAUCUCAUCCGGCCAAGCCCAUUCUCGGCUCAGAAGACAUUCGAGAGGCACAACUCUCGGCGGAAGUCCAACAUAUCAUUGUGCGACACACGACGCCGUAGCACCACCUUCACCCGCCCACCGCCGCUGACCACAGCACCAAAGUCCAACUCUCUCAGUCUCCCGGACAGCCCUCAGAUCUCUCCUGGGUAUGUCCGCGGCCGCUCCAACUCCCUCCGUGUGGACGACAUCCUCAUGCGGCGUUCCAACUCUCUGCGCUUUGGACUUGAAGGAACUCGUAAGAUCAACAGUUUUGAAGAGUUGGGCAUCAGUCCUCUCACUCCCCUCACCAGGGACCAGCGUACUGGCUCUAUCAAGAUCCCCACCAAUGGCUCUAUUGGCUUAGAAGUGACGCCGCCCGAGGAGUGCGGCUCUGAGGCCUCUGUUCCCUCCAUCCAGCUACAAGGUACCAUCGUCUGACCUCCGCCUUCACCUCGGCCAGCACGUGUAUGGUUCCACCACAUGAGUGGCACCCGCGGGCUGGCUC